GUCAGCUCGCCCGGAGAACCGCGGUAGUAGCAGCAGCUGUGCCUCCUCCUUUUACACCGAACCCCCGACCGGCACCGCGCGGCGCUGGCGACCAGCGGAGCGAUCUCGGUCCUGCAGCCUCCUGCUUUGCUAUUCUCUCUGUCUGUCUGUGUCUCUCUUUGCUCGACCGAGGUGGGAACUCCCCUCCGGCCAAAAAAAACCACGAUCCACCAACAGGGGCUCCGCCCAGGGUCUGCGGCCAUUCAGCCGCCUCCGUCCUGGCCGAGCUAGAUGCCCUCGGGGGAUGCAGGGAGAAAGGGAUAGGCGGGCGUGCAGCCCGCUAGUCCAGCCCGGCCCGCGGGAGGAAGAUGGGGGGGGGCGCCGUGGGCGAUUCGCGGAAGGCGCAGGUUCUCGCGUGGGAACUGCGCUUGCAGCUUCGGUUGCUCUGGCGGGCAGAAAGUGGGGUUUCCUCCUUCCCCGUUUGUGGUGUUUUCCUAAAGAGUCAGAAGCGCCUCCUCCUCCUCCCUCUUCCAAAUUUCUGGUUGGGAGGAAAAGAGCCUGGGGACUUCUCUUUAAAAAAAUAAUAAUAAAAGUAAUGGACUCAAGCGAGGCCUCUUGGAAAGAACAAGCUUAGAAUUGUCAGCCAGAUUUUCCACCACAGACCAAGCGAUUUUAUCAGCAGGGAGGACGUUUCUGUUGUUCACAUGCCCUGGGAUCAUAGCUCAGGAAAGGCUGUGUAAGAGGAGUGGGGGAAAGAAGGAGGGCUGAUACUUUAUUCAGGAUUUUUAAAGCUGCCCACCUGUAUCAGGUCUCCCCUCCCUCCCUUCCUGCUCUUUCCCACCCUUUCCUCCAGCUUGGCAUCCCAGAGUCUUGGCCCUUUGAAUCUCAGAAAUGGGCCUAGCUGCAGCCUCAAAAAAUCCUUAGGGACAUCACAUUGGAGAGGGAUAACCUCUCUGUUUUCCACCACCCAAAUCCCCUGGGAAGAGAAAUAGAUAGCAGUAAACAGCAAGUGUAGCAGAUGAUGGUGCUGUUUUGCACAGUGAAUUUAAUUAGAUCAAUUAAUGAUCUUGAAGCUGCAACUAGAAAACAUGAACAGUUGGGUUAGCUUUAACUUUGACGCUUGGAAAGCAAUAUUGUCCAAACUAGGAAAGUGGGAUUAUUUGAUACCUUAGUAGUAUGAAGUUCCUGUCUGCUUUUUGCUCAAACAUAUCAGCUUGUUAGGGGAUGGCUGAGUUUCUCUGUACUGUGAAUAGGAAGCAGGUAAUGGAACAAUGAAGGACACCAAAGGGAAGACUUUGCAAGAGAAGGAGAAGGGCUUUGAACCUCAAGUUGAGCUGCAUUUCACCAUAUUGGAAGAAUCCGAAGGAGGCAUUUCUCAGGGGAAACUCUGGCCCUGCGAGAUUGAUGCAGGGCUACGACCCGACAGCUCCUGUCAGCCUGAUCCCGAUGAUGAAUUACUUUAUUCUGAUCAGUCACGGUCCUUGCCGAAAGUACAGAGGCUACAGCCAGAACCUGACAGGAGUGCCCAGGAGAGAGGAGUGGAAAUGUACCCUCAGCCCGGUUCUAAGCAGCAGGUCGAGCUUCAUUUUACAAUCCUGGAGGAAUCCGAAGGGGGCAUUUCGGAAGGUAAACUCUGUGCAAGUGAGAUAGGGCGGGAUGAGUCGCCGGAGGUGAGCUCCCCAGAACGGCAGUGGGACAGGUCUGUUCAGUGGAGUGAGAAAGCCGGUCAGCCAUCUGGUGUGAAGGAAUCUCUCCCAGCUGAGGACAGACCAGAAGCUGAGGCUAAAAGGCCCGUCCUCCAGCCAGAGAGCUCUGACCAGCAGGUAGAGCUCCAUUUUACCAUUUUCAAUGAUCCUGAGGAAAGGAGACUUUCUCAGGGACCAGAGGACUAUCCGGUCUGGGAAAGCCCAUUUAAACCAGCGCUUUAUCAAGGUGACUAUCCCAAAGAAAUUUGGGAUGCAUCCAUUGAUAGUCUUGGAGAUGUCUUUGAAGCAUCUUUCCAGCAGCAAUUCUACUCCGAAGGAAGGCUACACCCCUGUACCGAAUGCGGCCGAGUUUUUAACCGGAAGUCAACCCUGACCCGACACUGGCGGACCCACACUGGUGAGAAGCCGUACUCAUGCCUCUAUUGCGGGCGGAGUUUCAGCCUGAAUCUCAAUCUUCAUACCCAUCAGAUGACCCACACGGGAGAGAAACCCUACAAAUGUCCAGACUGUGGGCAAAGCUUCACCCGUAGCACAAGUGUCACCAGGCACCAGAGAAGCCACAGAGAGGAAGGCCUUUUCAAAAAUGACUUGUGGGAGGAUGCUUUCCCGUACCCGGUCCCGGUUCCCUUCACUUACCCGAUGCCUCUUCCGGUGGAGGAGAAGUCCUUCGUGUGCCCCAUUUGUGGGGAGGCCUUUACUCACGGUGGGAGCCUGAAUAGGCACUUGCGAACACAUGGGGUGGAGAGGCCUUAUAAGUGCAUGGUCUGUGGGGAAGGUUUCUGUUCUAUGUCAAAGCUUUACCGGCACGAGAGAAUCCACAUGGUGGACAAGCCCUACCACUGUGAAAUCUGCGGGAAGAGCUUUGCCGUCAAGUCAACGCUGACCCGGCACCAGAUGCUCCACCAGGCAGAGAGGCCCUACAUGUGUUCCCACUGUGAGAAGGGCUACGUUCAACGGAGUCACCUGGCCAGGCACCACCACAAGGCACAUCCUGGGGUCCCCUUUAACCCAGUUAAAGCGAACACUAUGCCUGCCACCAUUCUGGAUUCUGACAACUUAAUCACCUAUUUCUGGGGGGAUGAGGAUAUAGACACUACCCCAGAGCCUGUCCCAACUCAAUUGAUCUAUUCUGGAGCAGAUUGCUGAAGGACUUAAUCCUAGUCUGGAAUUCCCCGUUCUCCAGAGAGAACCUUGUCUUCUUAAAUCUCCAUGCACUGGGAUGCUUCUGAUCUCACUGUUUGGCGACACGAAGUGGAUUUUUAUGGUAGAAAAUCAAAUAAACCAACUUGGUUUUGUUGUGGACCCUCUUUGUGCCAAGACCCUUGUCCUGCCUUGUUACUCCUCAUGCCCAUAUGCCACAUCCACAUCUCCAGAAGAUAUGCCAUUGUUAUGGUCCCUUGCAGUCCGCUACAGAUGGUGCCAGUAUCCAAGUACUUGUAGGAGGCAGAGUCAGCAAAGAAUAAGAGAUGGGCAAUCAGCACCCUUCCUUCCAGGCGGAACCUGCUCAUACAAAUUUCUCUUAACUGGUGAACAGAACAGAAGCUGUGUGCCAUAGUUCUGGGCUCAAAGAACACCUGUAUUAUCUCUUGAUGCAAAUCUUCACGGGGAAAGGGAAUAGUCCAGCCUGUAGCAAGAUAUCUAGUUGUAGGUGACAUGUGGGAGCUUGGAAAUUCAUCUGAAACCAUUUUUGUGUGUAAUAAGGAUGUCUGUGGAGAUUCUCAACCAUCCCUGUCAUGGUUAUCCCAAAGGUGCUUUUUGGAAAAGGCAACUGGACUUAGUUUUUCCUUUCAUUUCCCUUCUUAUCCAAGAAGCUUCUUCGGUUCUGACUGUAGUAAGGAUGGGGAUUUUUUUUCCCUUAAAGGAAGCCUCUGCCUUGUUUUACUUCUUUUGGGGGGAGGGGGGUGUAAUGGAUGAACUUUUAAGAGAAAUGAGUAAAAUAUAGAAACAGAGAAAACAUAUCUAAAGGCUAUUAUUUGAUGCACAAACCAGAUGUCCUGUAAGAAAUGUCUAAGAUCUAGGCAGAAUAUAAAUAUUUUGAAGAAAUAAAUACAGGAAUAUGAUGAUACAGAAUUCUUAUUUUCUAUUUUGUUUUCCUAUUCUCCAAAUUUUCCCGUUGUCAUCUGAGCUGGUGGACUAUCACUAGUGCAGCUUUAAGAUUUGCAAGUUUCAAGAAAAACAACAGAGUCCAAGGGCCUCUUGCUCAUUCUAGGCCUACAUCCCGGCUCCAUUACUCCACCCACCCAUCCACCCACCCAGAAAUAGACAAAUUGUGCAUGCUUGUAAAAUAACAGAACAUAAAUGUUGUUC